AUGUCCCUCUACUUCGACGCGGUCGCAAUCCUGACCGCGCCCUCAGCAGGAGGCUCCUUCAAAUCCCGCAUCUACAGCGCCCGCAAUCUCCGCGCCUCUCCCGCCCAAAUCUAUGCCCUGAUCACCGAGGCCUCCAAAUGGGACCGCGUCCUGGCGGAGGUCAUUGAAAAUGCCGAUAUUCUCAGCGUCGAGCGCAAGUUGACUCCGCUUCUGGCUCUCCUCUUGGUCUAUGACCAUCUCCUCUCGAAGAAAGGCAUUGCAGCGCCGGCGGCACACCCGAUUCGUCAAGCGGUGGAGCGGCAUAAAGUUCGUCUCAAGGCUGAAUUUACCAAGGCUCGCGUGCGUCGGGGUUGUGCCUCGGUAGACCUGCUCAAGGCCGCGGUGCUGAGAGAGAAGCGCGAGGCAGAUGGGACGGCCCAUUUCGUUUAUCCGCGCUGGGUGCGCGUGAAUAAUAUCCGGAGUUCUCUCGAUGAUCAACUGCGCACUACAUUCGCAGAUUACGAGCGUGUAGAUUCGCUUGCUGCACUUGCCCCGGCAGAGGAUGAUCGGACGAAGCGGAAGUUGUUGUACAUGGAUCCUAAUAUCCCCGAUCUUGUGGCGGUGCCCUUUGGGGCGGAUUUUACGUCGUCGCCUGCAUACAAGAACGGGGAGAUUAUCUUACAGGAUAAGGCGUCGUGCUUCCCCGCAUAUCUCUUGUUAGGUGAUCGCGGGCCCAAGGAUGCCUGGCAGGGGGACUUGGUGGAUGGUUGUGCUGCUCCGGGAAACAAGACUACCCACAUGGCAUCGUUACUCGCCAAGCAGCAAAAGCAGCAAAAUCCUCGGAAACAGAUAUUUUCUAUGGAUGCGUCUAAAGUGCGUUCUAAAACGCUGCAGAAGAUGAUCUCGCUAGCUGGGGCAGACCCUAUGGUUACUGUGUUGCAGGGCCAGGACUUUCUGGCCUUGGACCCUAUGGAUUCACAGUUUGAGAAUGUAUCUGGUCUUCUACUUGAUCCAAGUUGUUCGGGCAGUGGCAUUGUGGGUCGAGAUGAUGUUCCCCAAUUGACAGUUCCUCAACCUAAAGUGGUCAAGUCUUCCAAGCCCAACGGCAAGAAAAGGAAACGCGGCACCGAGGAUCAUGAUGAGCCCGAGGAAUCAUCAUCAAACGUGACGAUGGGAGAGCCGAGUGCCGCCCCCUCGGAUGAGAAUGAUAUCCCAAGUGGCACAAUUGACAAUGAUCGACUCACAAAGUUGUCGAAUCUGCAGGCGCGCAUCGUCGAGCAUGCACUGAGAUUUCCCAACGCAACCCACGCUACAUACAGCACCUGCUCCAUCCAUCUGAUCGAGAACGAGGCCGUAGUGGCCCGCCUCUUGGCAUCGGACGUUGCUAGAGAGCGUGGUUGGCGACUGUUACGACGCGACGAGCAGCCAGAGGGCUUACGCCGGUGGAAGCAUCGUGGCGUGCGUCGUGAUCGAGACAUGGAGACCGGCGUGGAGUCGGAGGAGAGCGAAUCGGUUGCCGCACUUUCCGAGGAGGACCUCGAGGCUUGCCUGCGCUGUUGGUCCGGCGAUGCUGAAGGGUUGGGAGGAUUCUUUGUUGCUGGGUUUGUACGUGACUCGGAAGGCGUUGGUACAGAACCUGUCAAGAAGUCCCACGAUGAUCAUGUUGCAGACGGUAAUCCCGAAGAUGAUGCCGCUGAUGACAGCGAUGAGGAUGAAGAGUGGGAUGGCUUUUCCGAUUAG